CUGCUUUUAUACAUCUUGUCACUUUUCAUUCCGUUUCCGUAUAAAAAUGUUGCCAUAAACAUACUUCGCACGUGAUUUCACGCUUAAAAUAGUUGUAUCACCGAGAUUUCAUGUUGAAAAUGAUUGUAUACUUGCUGAAUUCCAAAGAUGAACAUAAUGAGGGUGGAUCACAGCUCACAGUAUGUCCUUAAGGAACCAUACAUUCUCAUCAUAUACAAAAAGGUGCUUCCAGUAGCGUGUUGCCGACCAUGUCUGUACGUGCUAUCGUAUCCCAAUAGCUUCCGCGUAUAGCUUCCCUUCAGCUUCGACCGUACCACCUCCGUAAUGUCAUAAUACAGCUCGUUGUUCCGUUCAGCUCCGCCCAUAUUCCGACGCGGCGAAUGACAAACGGCGCCGGUGCCGUAGGCCACACCCACCGUCACGUUGGACCAACCGUAGGCGUAGGCAUGGCCUCUUUCAUGACGAAAAAGAAAAAAUACAAAUUUCACGUGGACGUCUGCUUGGAAGAAUUGGUCGAAGUGCCCUUCGUUUCUGCAGUGCUGUUCGCCAAACUGCGAUUACUAGAUGGCGGAAGCUUCCAAGAUACUAGUAGUAGGCAAGAAGUGUUAGACCAUCGUGUUCAAUGGAACGCCUCGUUCACCUUUCCUUGCAAGAUGAUGGCCAAUGCCAGUACCGGCGUGAUGGAAAGAUGCGUGCUAAGGGUGUCCGUGAGGAAAGAGUCCAAGGGUGGAAGGUCCUUCACCAAGCUGGGCUUCGUCGAUCUCAAUUUGGCCGAGUAUGCUGGCGCGGGGGUUGUCAGGAAAAAGGCACUGUUAGAAGGAUAUGACGCUAGAAGGCGACAAGACAAUAGCAUGUUGAAAUUUAGGAUAGAACUAAGUAUGGUGUCUGGGGACAUACUUUUCAAGGCUCCCUCGCCAUCGCUGAAGCAUAAGCAAAUAAACGUUGAUGAAGGUGGCAACGAACAGAGGUCCGACGAAUUUUCCAGUGGAUCUUUAGCAGGUUCGAUAGCCAGCGGAAGUUCCGGAUUUGGAUCACUGCCAAAGAAAAGGCCGGCGCUGCUUUCGUCAGACCUGGUGAUCGGGCAAACCCUCCAAGAAACCAACGCGGCCACUCCUCCUAUCGUCGGCGACUAUGCAUCCGAUCUACCCACCCAGCCGGACCCUCAAGAACCACCGAUCGUUCCGACGAGUACCACCUGCAGCAGCGAACCCGGUCACUCCAGGAACUCCUCGAACACCAGCCAGCUGUCGAAGGCGUCGGGGUACAGUAGCGGAGCGCAUUCGCACAGCAGGCAGAGCAGUUCUGGGGAUUCGGGACACGUCAGGAAUCAGCAGCACAGCCACUCGGUUAGAGCGCGAAACCAUUCUACGCCAACAGGCACGUUUUUCCGCACAAACACUUACCCCAAAAAAAUCAACAUCCCCAACACCAUUCCCUCUAACCAAGAAGUAUUCCUCACACCAGAAUGUCUUUUCACGUCCACUCCUACGAAAAAACCGUUGAUUGAAGACGAAGUUUCGUUUUACUCGACGCCCAAAGGAUUUUUCUCGCAGAAUAGCACCGGAAAUUCCAGCGGUACCGAGGAGUACAAGACUCCCGAGACUAGUGGGAUCAUCAGCGCUAAGACUGACGUAUUUUCGCAGAAUUUCAACGAAUUGCAAAAGUCUUCUUCGACAAGCGUCAUGGAACGCAUAAAGACUGAUAUGAUGAACGCAGAUCUGAUGGCGAAUCAACGUAAAUCUGACACCGUAUCCCAAAACAACAACAAACCUAUUAUGCACAACGGUGUCAGUAUGGAAAACCUAGAAAAAGAAAAGAAUCUUAAGAACAACGCUCAUAAAGCGGUGCUGCGCUCAAAAAGCGAGUUCCAAAUACCGAAAAUUCCACCCCUCCCGGCAGAAAAAUCCUUAACCACCCGCUUGUUCAACUCAAACAGUCUGAUCUCGUUUCUAACGCCAAGGUUGAAACGGAAGAGUUUGAAGGGUGGCCGUCACAGUCCUCCGAGCUUGACGUUGUGUCCUCCUCCUACCUCGCAGGCUCUGAAGAGUCUUCCCGAGUCCCGUGCCACGAGUCUUUCAUCGCUGAGGUCAGGGUGUUCAGCGGGCGACGUUCAAAGGGGCUUGCCUCACCAUCGUAAGCUGCUAGAGGGCGCUUCUACGGGUAAGCUAGCGCCGUUGGCGAUCAGUCCUGACGACGAAUCGCCCGCUGUUGUUGCGGUGACUCCGCCUGCGACCAACGAUACGGCCGUUGGUAUGGCGACGGGCGGAGGUCAGCUGCAGCAAUGCCAAGUCGGUGCUUUGCAGAACGGGGAUCAGAGGAGAUGCAGUAUCACUACGAAUCCGAGUGCGGGUAGCCUAGUCAUAUCAGAAACAGGAUCUUUGGACAGAGCCAAGGCAGCUUACGAGAGGCGAAAGAAGAAUAAAGAAGAUAGCGAAUUAGGGUCAAGCUCGACGGCCCCUGGCAGAGUGGAAAUCACCAGGGUGAAUCCGGAUGAUCUCAUCGAGGAACUGCUGAAGAACACCAAUUUGGAAACGGCUGAUGAUUCGGCUGAAACGUCUGGUCUACAGUUGUUCAUAGCGAAAGACGGUACCGCGGCGGUGGGCAAUCACGAGGUGAAAUCCCAAAUGCAAACCGGAGGCGUGCAGAUAUUCAAACAGGUGGUGAUGGACGACAGGUAGCCUUCGUAAUGGAAGAGGUGGAAGUGACGGAAGGAGUUUCAGGCUGUACACGACAAAGUCAAGAGCUCGGUGCAAAUGUCGGUCAUCUUCAUAUUUUCUUAAAUGUGUUUCUUCCAUAAUGUCAAUAAGUUAACAGAGAUUAGCAAGAUGGCUAGGCGCUAGGCAAGACUAUUUUAUCUAGUGGCCACGCAAUUUGGAAGUCAUGGGAGUGACAGUAAAAUAAAAUUGGUCAGAGAAGUCAGAGAAAAUAAAUGGUAGUGAGGAAAAUUCAGGAAUCUCUUGAUGAAAGGCACGUGAAGAAAGUGUAAUGUCCGUUCGCGUGGUCACAUAAAAAGCGAAGGGCCGUAUUUGCCUUCUUACUUCAAAGGACGCCUUUUUGGCCAUUUAUCGUUCAUUUUUUUGUCUACUUUAGGAAGCCAAAAACUAGGUUCCUUUUUGCUUUCCUAAAUGAGAGCAAAAAACCGAAGGAAAAAGGUAGUAUAUGGCCAAAAAGGGCGGCAAAGAGCAGCGACUGUGAAUACGACCCUAGGGAUAGGCAAGACUUCUGAGAAUUUCACGUAGAAUUUUGCUCAAAGCGUGGCAUAGGGCAUUGAUGAUAGUAAAAUAUGGAGCUGAUUCAUUUUUAGCCUGAUUCUAACUAAAAUUGGACUGUUGGAGUAUUUGGAUGGAGGGGAUGAAUAAUCCUCUUUAAGGCAUAGUGACGCAUCUGUAAACUUGAGAGAAGGGAAAAAGAAAUCAAAAUAUACCGAGUAUUGUGUAAUUACUUUGUGAAUAUGCACUUUGAAAGUUUAAGGGUUUGGAGCAACGAUUUUGAACAGCUAAAAGAGUUCGGACGAAAAUGUUGGGUAUAUGAAAUGGCUUUUCAAUUUUCUUUUAUUGAUAAGAUCAAAAAGGUGGAUGAUUGGAGAAUAUGAUUCGUUUCGCUCGACUCUGUAUGGAGAUUUAAAAAAAAUUUAUUAAACGGUGCAUAAUCAGCUGUCUUUUUAUCUUUUUUUGUCUGAGCUGACAAUUUUCUUACGGCCAGUGGUCCUAAAACUAAGCAUGUUUCAACCAGGUGCUAAUCUCUUUUUGAGUUUAUAGCAUCCGUCUAUCUGUUAACUUAAAAAUUACGUAAGAACUGCUGCCUCUACGAUUUUUCAAAAUUUAAUACGAUGGCGGUUCAAUAAGUACCCGUGUUGGAAAUGAAAACGAUUUUUUCAAAUUUUUUUUCAACAUAGUCACCUUUUAGAAAGAUACGUUCCUGCCAUUUUUUAACCGCUCCUAAAAAUUGGAUUUGUCGAACUCUCAAAAAUACGUCUCUGUCUCGCCUUCUUUGGAACAGAUUCACCGGGAGAAAUCCAUUGUUUUGAUUGUUCCUUAUCUUCUGUAUCAAUCAGUCUGAAAUGUGUUGUGCUGUCGUUUGAUAGAUGGCAGCACACGAUGAUAAUACCAACUUCCCCCAGGAACGCGCUCUGUCGUCAAACACGGGUGCGUAUUGAACAAGCCUCGAUUUUUGCACGAAGUUGACUUUUACCGAAAUAUGAUGAAUAAUAAAUCUUUGCAAUUUCCAUCUUUAUUUUUGUUAAUAUGUGGUUAUUAGACCAUUUUACGUCUCUUGAUUCACCCAUGCUCCAAGAGUCAAUAUUGAAACUGUGCAAAACAGUACCCGGCAGAUCUGUCUAUAUCGAUAUUACUAUUUCAUUUCAAAAUUUUUUUUGUGUUUGGUCAAAAAGGGCGUUCUGUCAGUUGGCUGUCAUUUUGGUUUUGUGGCCAUAGCCUUUUAGUUUUACGUUGUUUAGUGUCGAUUACCCUAACAUCACAAAAUUGCUAGAGAUCUAAUAUUUUCAGUUUUCGUGACAUUUAAAGAAAUGUCAUAGAGUUAAUUUUCCGUUUGAAAUUUUAUUUUAUUUUUUAUCCUAUUAUACUAUUAAAUACCAGAACAUUAUGAAAACUUGGCAACCAUAUAUUUUUUGUAAAAAAGGUUUCAAGAAAUGCUUCAGGGUAUGAUGACCUCAGAGGUCAUUUUUGUACAUUCGAACAGCAACCACCAUUUUCGACAACAGAUUUGUUUGGAGCUCGAGAUUUUCAUACAUGAGGUCAAGUGGUCAUAAGUGGUUCAAUCAGCAUGACCUACUGUAACAUCAGAACAGUACACGAACAUCCCGAAAACUUAGCAACCACGCAUUUUUGGGAAAAAAAGUUUCAAGGAAGAUUUUGAAAUACCUUAAAAGCAAUUUGUCGAUCACUAAAUACGACCUAGACAACGACCUCAAAGCUCAUUUGGAGGUCAACUUUGUAUAUUCAAAUAGCAGCUAUCAUUUUUGGAAGAAUGUUCUUUUGGGGCAAAAUUGCUAGAGAUCUAAUAUUUUCAGUUUAUGUGACAUUUAAAGAAAUGUUAAUUUUCCGUUUAACAAAUAUGUUUAAAAUUUUAUUUUAUUUUUUAAUCCUAUUAUAACUAUUACAUACCAGAACACUCUGAAAACUUGGCAACAAUAUAUUUUUUUCAAAACAGGUUUCAAGAAUGUUUCAGGGUAUGAUGAUGAGACAAUGAUCUCAGAGGUCUUUUUGUAUAUUCAAACAACAGCCACCAUUUUUGACAAUAGAUUUGUGGUCAUAAGUGGUUCAAUCAGCAUAACCUACUGUAACGUCAGAAAAGUACACGUUCAUCCCGAAAAGAAAGGUUUUUGAAUACCUUAAAAGCAAUUUGUCGAUCACUCUAAAUAUGACCUAGACAGUGACCUCAGAGGUCAUUUGGAGGUCAACUUUGUAAAUUCAAUUUUGACCGCAGAUUCGUGUGGGGCUCGCGCUUCUACAUCAUAAUUGUUUGACACACAUGAGGUCAAGUAGUCAUAAGCGGUUCAAUCAGUAUGAACUACUGUAACGUCUGAGAAGUACACGAACACUUUGAAAACGUGGCGAACACGCACUUUUCCUCACUCUAUAUCGUCAGAGUACAGAACAGGUCAUACCAUGAUUUCUUUUUGAUCUUUUAAGACGUAGACUGUUACUAAUCACUAAUGACCAAUUGACCUCAUGUAUGAAAAUAGAUCCUGAUGGUAAAUCCCGAGCUCGACACGAGCCUACUGUCAAAAAUGGUUAUUGCUGUUUGAGUUUACACCUUUGACCUCCAAAUGACCUAUUGUUUCGGUCAUAUCUGAGGUCAUAGACAAAUAACAUAUUUGAUACCAUGACGCUUUUCUCAGAACCUGUUUCUGGUUGCUAUUUGAAUUUAAAAAAUUGAUCUCCAAAUGACUUGAGGUCAUUGUUAAGGUAAUAUCUGAGUACACCGACAAAUUGCUUUUUUGAUACCCUGAAUCGUUUCUCAGAACCUUUUUUACAAAAAUGCAAGGUUGCCAAGGUUUUGGGGUGUUCGGGUAUUUAAUAGACACAGCUACCCAAGCACGCCCAGCGGUCAGCGCUUGAACUAAAGAAUGUAUAUACCUCAGUUCUUGCGACUGCCACUAGGAGCGUUGCUUGUUGGAGCUGUUUGAGUCGCCAAUGAGAGUGCGAGUAAAGAAUAAUCAAAAAAUUAUUUCGCGAACUAGCUGUAGAAUGCCUGGAGGCCGAACGUAUUGUUAGAAAGUAUUACAACAGCAAUUGUUGUCAAUUUUUGUGAUAUAUAUUGUUAUUAGUAGCGUGAAAAUAAGUAUGUAUACAUCACGAUUGUUGAAUGUGAUGUUGCGGAUAUAUUGGUUCUGACAAUAUUAUUUAUUGUAAAUUAUUAUUUACUGCGUAUUAAAUAUUUAUUUUAAAUGUAAA